AUGCCUUUGACUUUUGUGACAGGGAACCCCAACAAGGUGAUUGAGGUUCAUGCAAUUGUAGGCGACACGAUCCCGGUCCAGCCCCUGGCGCUGGACAUUCCCGAGAUCCAAGGAACAUUGGAAGAAAUCGCGAGCGACAAAUGUCGACGGGCCGCUCAAAUUAUCAAUGGACCGGUUUUGAUCGAGGACUCGGCCUUGGAGUUUCGGGCUAUGAAUGGCCUACCAGGUCCCUAUGUCAAAUACUUCCUGGAGUCAUUGGGAAAUGAGGGCUUGAACAGAUUGUUGUAUCCAUAUGAGGAUAAACAUGCAGAGGCCGUGUGUACAUUUGCGUUUUCAUCGGGGCCAACUAUGGAUCCACUGAUAUUCCAAGGAAGAUUGAAGGGCAAAAUCGUACCUGCUCGCGGCCCACCUGUGUUCGGAUGGGAGCCAAUCUUUGAACAUAAUGGGCAAACUCUUGCUGAGAUGGAGCAUGACAAGAAAGUUGAACAAACUAUCCCAUCGAUAUCAGGCAUUGUGCAAAUUCCAGCAGUGGCUAACUCACACCAACCAUCAAGUCUUGACACCAAGAAAAGAGGGUGA